AUGUCCUCUCAAGGCCCCGCCGUCAGCGAGACCUCCAACCUGAAGCCGUCGUUUGCAAAGGUUGCAGCUUCAGCUUACAUGCCUCAUAAUUCUAAAAACGUUGCUUCUGGCACCAAGUCUGCCGAAGGCCAGCAAGCUCCUGUUAUCCUACAGACACCGUCUGAAGCCCCGGAAGCGCAAAUAACGCAUGCCCCGGUUGAGAAUGGAGAAAAAGACGAGAGCUCCAAUCAGGAGCAUGCUCCAGACACCAAUGGCUCCUCCAAGGAUGCCCAUGCGCAGAAUGGCGUAAGCCCGGACUCCAAUGCCGAGCAUUCAUUGCACUCGGUGUCUUCCUCCAACAGCUCGGCAAAGCCGCCGAGCGUGGAUGGCAAGAGUGUCGCGUCCGGAACGACUUUCGCGCUCGACGAGAAGGAAAGCAUUCGCCCAGACGAUAGUGCCAGCAUCCGUGCCGUGGAAGAGGAUCGCGAAGAUGUAUUCACGCCCCCUGAUUCCAUCGCAGCCGGAUCCAGGGUUGGCUCGGAGAACGGCAUUGGUCGAGCUUUCCGUGACCAACUUAACGAGAUUUCCGUCAUGGGGGCCUCUUCUCAGCGCGGUGUUCCACCUGGCCGGAAUGUCCAGAUCCUAGGAAGCAGUGAUGCUCCUCAGGGCGGUUCCGGUCGCGCUAUAUCACUACCUCUCGGUGCCAUCAAGGAAAACGACGGCGCUUCCCAGCCGCAACCGGCCCCUGAUGAAAAACUUUUGGAGGCUCUACAGUCUCCCAGAGACAGAUUGUUUGUGCUCAAGCUAGAGCAAGACGUGCUCGAUUUUCUAAGAAAUGCAGGCGAGAAGGAGUUGGAUGUUCCAAACUGCAAUGCGUUCUACCGCAUGCUUGCGCAUCGAUUUGCUGAUUACUAUCUUCUCGGCCAUGUUGUCGAUCCGGUCACAAGUGCCGUGAAGAUUACCAAGACUCCCUAUAGUAGAAUGCCCCCGCCACUCUCGAGCCUUCCGAGCUCCCUAUCAUCGGGUCCCGAAACUCCUCCAAUCAUAGUGCCUGCUCGAAAGAUUAUGCGCCGAGGAGAGAGUGGAGGUACCCCAUCAGGCACUAACACAACGGCCAAUUCCGAAGGUCCUUCGAAGACAACGUCUGAGGCUGGUGCCGAUAGUGGAAGUGAUGCUGGGCAAGGUCCUAGGAAGCUGACUAGAGAAGAACGUGAGGCCAAAUACAAAGAAGCCCGACAGCGCAUCUUUGGAAGUGCCGAGGAUGGUGACCUUGGAGAAGCGGCCAACAAUGAGAGCAAAGACAUGUCGCGAUCAAGUUCCGCUGCUGGGAAAAAGAACAAAAAGAAGAAUCGCAACAAUGACGACGACGGAUUUGAGGCGAGGUCCCAAUUCAGCCCCUACUAUCCCGGACAGUAUGGAGCCCCAGGGUAUCCGAGCGAUGGGCCCCCUAUGUACUAUGGCCCGUACACCAACAUGGUUCCUCCGUCAACCAACAUGAACCCCAAUGGAACGCCGCCCAUGCAGUACAACAACGGCUAUCCGGUCAUGGUCCAGCAGGAUCCUCAGCAGCAGUUUUCUUGGCAAUACCAACAGUUUGGAGCCGGCAAUGGGGCCAUGAAUGCAGGGCCUUAUGGAUCUCCGGUGCCGAUGAACUAUGACCUCUCGCAGGACUUUCAGCGCAUGUCCUUCCAGCCUGGAAAUGCAUCUAACCAGACACCAAAGAUGUCGAACCCUACGCUGGCUAGUUUUCCGGACGGAUAUAGGCCGCAGUCGCAGGGCAUGAACCAGCCAUGGCAGAUGUCGGGCCAGGUGCCAUAUCAAUUUGCUCAGCAAAGCUAUGACAACCGACCGAUGUCGGCGGGCCAAAAUCCCUAUCCUUAUGGCCAGUUGCCCAACCCGCAGUUCGGCAACAACCGCAACCAACACCCCCUUCCCGGUAGCUUCAACCGGCAGCAGUUCAACCCGCAGAGCCAGACAUUUGUCCCCAGCUUCCCUGGUCCCGGGAUGCGCGGAGGAGCACCGUUUGGCAUGCCGGGGCAGUCGCCGCAGAUGGGAGUGGUCGCUCCAAACAUGGUCAACUUCCCUAACUUCAACAUGCCCAUGCACCAGCAGCAACCCCCGCGCCCAAGUCAGCCCACUUCGCAGCCGCAGUUCAACCGCCCGCCGGGAAACCCAGCGUUUGUGAAGAAUCAGGGCCAGGGUAUGGCCCAUCCUCUGCCGCAGCCGGUAUCGGCCGCACACAAUCAGGCACAGAGAUCUGCCUCGGGCGGUAGUCAAAGCAGCAUCGCCAAAUGGGGUACUCCGGCGCACCUGCCGCCUAAACCCCCACCUCCGGCCUCAAUGCAGCCCAGCCAGAAGUUCGUAAAUGGGCCACCCAACCGGGUUCCGUCCGGACCGCCGCCGCAGCAGAACCCGAACGGCACGUACCCUAUCCCUAGCAUAAUCGGGACGGGCAAUGGAGCGCGUGCUGCCAAAUAG